GAAGCCGGUUUGUACCUGAAGACACAGAAUAAGGAGCAAAAGGAGGGGGAGCGGAACCGUGUUCCAUCUUCAACGUCACCUGCUGUGAUCCAAGGGUCGGCCCUCCUGAGACGCUCCGUAUCAUGGCUCUGCGCGCUGAGUAUAAGAGAUAAAGUGUGAGUUUGCGGAGGAAGAAGAGACAGUGACACGUCGAAGAUGGAGCAAGUCACUAGACAGAGGUGGAGUGCGAAGGAGGGAAUGGAUUAUGCGUAAAGGUUUCAGAAAGGCUCAUCCCCAAGCUGUGACGAGAUGCUCUUCGGGUGCCGACUGCAAUGAAGGGUCUGGGGGACUCGCGCGGCCGGCACCUCUCCGGGAACUUGGACUCGCACCCAGACCCGCUCUUUGCACAACAGGAACGUACUCCUUAUCUUAUUAGCUCCACUGAGUCCUAUCCGCCGGAGCCUAGGUACCCUGAGAACUCCCUCCACCCUGACUGCCUGUACCCCCUUAACAACCAACUCUCCAACAGCAGCACUUUCCCUCGUAUACACUUCAAUUCGCACUAUGAGCCCCCCGAGGAGAGUCCACCCUACCCCACACCGCACGCUCCCCCAGCAAAGAUCAACCGGCUUCCGGCCAGCCUGCUGGACCAGUUCGAGAAACAGCUGCCCAUCCACAGAGAUGGAUUUAGCACCCUACAGUUCCAGCGAGGGGCACCGGAGGGCAAAGACCGCAGCGAGAGCCCCGGGCGCAUUCGGCACUUGGUUCACUCUGUGCAGAAACUUUUUGCCAAGUCUCCUUCUCUUGAAGGUGGUGGUCGAGCCAGUGUAAAUGGCAAGAAGGGGGCAUCUGAGGAUGGUAAGGGGACAAGGCGGAGCAAGAGUAAAGAACGCGGCAAGGGGGAUGGCAAGGGACAGCAACGGGGAAGUGCGGUAUCUGGUUGGUGGAGUUCAGAUGAUAAUUUGGACAGUGAUACAGGGGGCUAUCGCAAUCCGGCGGGUAUGAUGACUUUGGGAAGGCGUCCAGAGCAUUCGACUCGACACUUCUUGAGCGGGUACAACACUAUCAGUGAGAGCAUGUUGAAGGCCUCCAAAAGCAAUAAUGACCUCAAAUUCACGCCCUUCCAACCACCAUCCCUUACUCUGUCCCCUUUGCCAACACCCCAUGAAGUGGUCCCCGCCAACUCAACGUCCUCACUAAAAAGAGGAUCUUGGUCCACCUUGACCCUCAGCCAUGCGCGAGAAGUGUGUCAGAAGGCAUCUGCCACCAUCGACAAGGCUCUGCUCAAGUCAAAGUCAUGUCACCAGGACCUCAGCUACCAGUAUUUACAGGUCCCAAGCGGGGAAUGGAAUGUAGCCCCAUGUAAAGACGAUGACAUCCCAUGCCGGCGAAUGCGCAGUGGCAGCUACAUCAAAGCAAUGGGGGAUGCGGACAGCGAAGACUCGGAGGGGAGCCCCCAACCGUCCCCAAAAACUGCAGCUAGGAGGCAGAGCUACCUCAAGGCCACGCAGCAGUCACUGAGCGAGCAGAGCACCACGCAGAGGAGUCUGGACCGUGUGGAUUCCAUGGACAUUCUGUCCCCUCCAAAGUUCCAGAGCUGGGAGGAGGAUUAUAACCAGCUGACCGAGAGCGCAACCGAGGAGAGCAGUCUGUGUCAGGAUACUGAACCUCGCUGCCUCCUGCAGUACCAAACCCCAGAAUCAGAAGAGCAGAGGGAACGGUACCAGCUUUGCCAGUUAGUAGAGGAGCAGAGGGAUCGGUACCCACUGUGCCAGGUUCCAGAGGAGCAGAUAGAGCGGUACACGUUGUGCCAGGUGCCAGAGGAACAGAGGGAGAGAUAUCAAUUAUGUCAGGUGGUGGAGGAACAGAGAGAGAGGUACCCGCUAUGCCAGGUGCCUGAAGAGGAACUGGAACGAUACCCGCUGAGCCAGGUGCCGGAGGAGCAGAGGGAGCGAUACCCGUCCGAAGAGAAGAGAGACCAGUACCCAAUGGGCCAAGCGGUGUUUGGGGAUGCUAAUCCAGUCCACACCGAGGCUUUUGACCUUCACCUGCCUAAUUACUUCCGUUCACGCAGCCACAGCUACCUCCGUGCCAUCCAGGCGGGCUGCUCCCAGGACGAUGACACAACAUCCCUGCAGUCUAUGUCUCCCCCACUCCCCAUCACCAGCCGGACACUCCCCAGACACAUCGGUUCCUCUUGUCUGGUGGGCUACAAGAAGACCCCCCCGCCGGUGCCCCCCCGCACCACGUCCAAACCCUUCAUAUCUGUGACUGUACAGAGCAGCACCGAGUCUGCGCAGGACUCUUACCUGGAUGCGCAGGAGGGACAGAGUGAGGCCAACAGCCAGUCAGGGCUCAGUACCUCCACCGAGAGCUUGGAGAGCACCCGGGCCCCCAGCGUGACCCGCGUAGCCCCACCGACCCCCAUCAGACAAGUCCCCCCUGAGAUACCCCCCAAAAAUGCAUCGGUGAAAACCAUCAAAGAAGAGACGCGCGCCCCGGAUCCGCUCCCCAAACGCAAGCUGUCCUCCAUCGGCAUCCAGGUGGAUAGUAUACAGCCGGUUCCCGUUCCCGAGCCCCCGCCUCCGGCCAGAUUCCAGUCCAUUGGGGUUCAGGUGGAGGAAGAGUGGAGGAACAGCCGUUCCAGCAGUAUGACGUCGAAGCAGGAGACAGAUUCGGACACGCAGGAACCCAGUAACUCAUCGGAUAAGAGUGUUCCUGACUGCCCCCCACCCCGUCAACCUGCCACAGGGCCCCCGGGCCUCCUCCCCAAGAAGCACCUCUCCUAUGGAGAUGGCGUAGAUGCGGAGGCCUCAGCCCUUCCUCCUCCUGACCCUUGGCUGGACUCUGCGGCCUCUCCCCCCUCAUCGGAGCCGAGCCAAGUUGGUGCGUGCCGCAGGGAUGGACACUGGUUCCUAAAGCUGUUACAAGCCGAGACGGAGAGACUGGAGGGCUGGUGCAAACAAAUGCAGAGGGAGACGGGCGAUAACAACCUGUGUGAAGAAGUGAUCGGGAAGGUCCUCAGUGCGGUGGGCAGCGCUCAGCUCCUGAUGUCGCAGAAAUUCCAGCAGUUCCGAGGCUUGUGCGAGCAAAACCUGAACCCAAACUCGAACCCGCGCCCCUCGGCCCAGGACCUGGCUGGAUUCUGGGACUUGCUCCAGCUCUCUAUAGAGGAUAUUAGCAUGAAGUUCGAUGAACUCUUCCAGCUCAAGGCUAACGGCUGGGUGCUGAGCGAGAUGCCUGACAGGAACGAGAUAAAGAGGCAACCGCCCCCUGUGCCAAAGAAGCCAGCACGGCCCAAGCCCCCACUUAGUCGCGACAAGACAGCCGGACCCUCCAACACCGACAAGCAGCGUCAAGAAGCCCGCAAGAGGCUCAUGGCAGCCAAGAGAGCCGCAUCGGUGCGCCAGAACUCUGCCACGGAAAGCGCGGACAGCAUCGAGAUUUACGUUCCCGAGGCUCAGACGCGGCUCUGAGUGGUUAAGCCUUGGGUGCUCAGCGAGAGGGGGACGGAGAGAGAGCGCUGGCAUCCACAGACUUAAUGACAGACUCAUAUGGGAGAGACAGGGAGAAGGCACACGAGCACGCUGGUUCUGGCAGUCUCGCACCAGAAGAGCACCAGAGAGAGAGAGCGUGCCAGGACUAUUCGUUAACUAAUUAUUCUUAUUAAUAUUAAGGAGCUUUUCAGGUCUGUGCGGGGAAGAGACCCUAAGUGGAGGGUGAGUGGGACGGGGAAGUCUCUCGAUGCAGAACCCCUUCCCCUCUUUAUCCAGGGCUGAGGCAAUAAGGCAUCCCAAAAUCUCACAAUUGCACAAAGAGAGCACCCUGUUUUAUGGACGCUAUGUCAUCUUUGUAUCACCCUUGUGUGUGUAAGUAGCACCUAUCGCAAUAAGGAGUCGCUCCCACUUUUCCCUACCCUGCCCAGCCUCCCCUUUUCACCUGGAGCAGGAGCAUGCGCCGUUUGUAGGAUGGUUGCGUAGCAGUAUGCCGCCCAUCCAGCCCCAAAUUUCUUUGUGGUUGAUUAGAACGUAACCGUCUUUCCCGGCAGACCGCUCGGAUGAAACAGACAUUGAGCUGCGCGUUGCGGCGCCGCGGUGCUGCUCAGCACGGUACAGACCACUUCUGCUCCGCGCUCGGUGUAUCGGGCUCUCCACCACAAUGUGUUUCCUGGCCUAACUCGCGCAUAAAGCUUAUUUAUUUUUAAACACAAAUUAUGCCUUUUCUACUGAAAAAUAGCGGCGUCCUAGGGGAGUUCUCUCCGUGCGGGGGGGACUACAGCCAAACAUAUCCUCUCCUGGGCUGCAAGGUGAGCGUAUCACUGAUUUUAACACCUUGUGUGCCAGCUGGGCCAGCAAAAACAUUGAAAGACUAAGCACACUGCACUAUAUGACGAGACUGAGUAUCUGUAUACACUGAUAAUGAAUACACCAUGUGUAUAACGAUGCAUUAUACCACUGUUCCCCGACGAGCCCGUUGCCCCGAUGAUACUGGGUAUCUGUACACACUAAUACUGAAUAUACUGCAUUGUAUAAUGAUGCCGAGUAUCAAUACCUUGAAUAUGCACAUCUCGCUUGUAUAAUGAUGUGAAGUAUUUCUAUACUAAGAGACUCAGUUCCCCCCCCGAUUAGUGAUACAGAAUGUCCCUUUACGUUCCCGGAACACCCAUCAUGCUACAUAAUGAUGCGGGCUGUUGAUGUACUGAUAAUGAGCAGGCCGCGCCGUAUAAUGAUGCAGAGUAUCUUUAUAGAUUGAUGACAUCGUGAUCUCCCGUGCCCUUCCUCCUUUUGUUGAUGAUGUCACUAAGGAUUGCUGGUUUCUUCCCCCAUGUAACACGGGCAGGACUGAACUUCACGCUUUAAAGGCGUGGAAACUGGAUUUUUAGGACAAAAAUAAAUUUCAGAAAAAUCGGA